ACUUUAAAGUGAAAGAAAGUGAUGAAGUUGUAUUGUAGGCCCUAAUUUGUCAUCAAUUUUUCCUAUUGUGGAAACUACACGUACGUAUGUACGUAGGGACGUAGUGCCAGUUAGUUUAAAGUCAGGGUUAUACAAGUGGACAAUAACAAAAACAUACACUUCUCAGUUGUUUGACUACAUGCGUAUGAAGAAACCAGGCACUUGGCUUUGUGCUAUGCUUAUGAUGGUAUUUAACACUCGAUCCUACUACCCUCACCAUCCACUCCCAGCCAAUCACAGCUCUCCAUGCAAAUGAGCCUGAGUAAAUAAUGAAUCCAUUUAGGGCUGGCGGUAAUCACUAUGAUUACCUGGAGUCAGAGAGUGGUACAGCCAUGCCAGGAGAGGAGGGUAAUUCAUCCAUUGCCUACCAGCCUGUGGCCAACGCACCCAGCAACCCACGACCGUCUCGUCUGGAGUUCCACCCGGAGGAGUACAAUACAGCCAGAAGGAGCAGUUCCUCUCCAAGUAUGCAUCUGAGUAACAAGACGAUCGUGUUUAUUGCCGCAGUGAUCGCAGCCUGUGUUGGUAUCGCUCUCGGCGUGAUCAUAGGAUGGUUCUCAUCGCAAGCUCGAAUGCAAGGGAUGCAGAGUGAUGUUUUGAAAGAAGGUGACGCCAGCGUUGGGAAGCUGCUGAUGGAUGAGAUGAAAGCUGACAACAUCAAGGAAUAUCUUAGAUUAUUUACCUCCACCCCCCACUUAGCCGGGACAGCGGCUGACAAAAAGAACGCUGACUACGUUCGAGAUGAGUGGAUAAAGUAUGGCUUGAAACCGGUCCGUCAGAAUGCCUACAAUGUCCUUCUUUCUUAUCCUGAUAGCGUGAAACCCAAUCGGGUGACAGUGCUGAACAGCAACGGAACCACUUUCUCUGAGUCUAAAACCGAGGAACCACCCUUGGAUGGUGAGACGAUUAGAGACGAUGUAGUCAAACCAUUCAAUGCCUACGCUGCUGCUGGUACAAUUGAGAAUGAACUGGUGUAUGUCAACUAUGGAAGAGUGGAAGAUUUCCAGCGUCUUGAGAGAACGCUUGGGGUGAAUGUGACGGGAAAGAUCGCCAUCGCUAGAUAUGGGAAGAUUUUCAGAGGAGACAAGGUGAAGCAAGCUCAAAUCUUUGGUGCUAUUGGUUUAAUCCUGUACUCUGAUCCUGCGGAUUAUGCAGUGGGUGGUAUCAGCAGCGUGUACCCAGAUUCCUGGUGGCUCCCUGGGUAUGGGGUACAGCGGGGUUCCUUGUAUAUCACAGGGGUAGGAGGAGACCCCCUCACCCCAGGGUAUCCAUCUUUAGAUGGUGCGUUCAGAGAGGAAGAAUCCUCAGUUGGUCUUCCUGAGAUUCCUGUACAGCCCAUCGGAUAUGACGAUGCUAAGAUCAUUCUUGGUGAGCUUGAGGGCGACACUGCACCGAGUGAAUGGCAGGGAGGGCUGAGUGGACUGACCUACAAGCUGGGCCCAACAUUGCGAGACAAUAAGAAAGUGAAACUGGAGGUGUUUAAUAAAAAUGUGCGACGGUCGACGUAUAACGUCAUUGGCAUGAUACCAGGAAGUGUUGAACCAGAUCGUUAUGUGAUCGUUGGGAACCAUCGUGAUGGUUGGGUGUUUGGUGCAGUAGAUCCAUCCAGUGGUACGGCUGUUCUUAUGGAGCUGGCUAGAUCCAUGGGCAAACUUUAUAAAGAAGGCAGAUUUCGACCUCGUCGUUCCAUUGUGUUCUGCAGCUGGGGAGCCGAAGAGUACAGUCUGAUCGGGUCUACAGAAUGGGUUGAGGAGUUUGCCAAAACCCUCGGCAAGAGAGCAGUAGCGUAUCUCAAUGUGGAUAUCUCAGUACAGGGUAACUACACAUUUAGAGCUAAGUCCACGCCGAAUCUCUUCAGUGCAAUCUAUGAGGCUACUAAGCAAGUCCCUGACGUUCCUUUACCCGGCCACAUGGACACCGUGUACGAUACUUGGGCAAAAAGGAAACCCUGGUCUAGUGAGAAUCCUUUGCCAUAUGUUUCUAAUGUUGGAUCGGGGAGUGACUAUGCAGCGUUUCUAGGUGAACUUGGAAUAUCGUCAGUAGAUCUACGCUAUGACUACAACACAGAUUUGAAUAUUUCCAGCUAUCCCUUGUAUCAUUCAAUGUACGAGACCUUCCGCCUGGUAUCGGAGAUCAUGGACCCUGACUUCCACUACCACCUUGCAGUGAGUAAGGUGUGGGGCGAGCUGGCUAGAUCCCUAGCAGACUCAGUCAUGUUGCCGUUCGACUGUCGCACGUAUGUUGCUCACCUUCAAGGCUCGAUUACAACAUUGAAAACCACUUAUGCCGCUAAGAUGUUGACCAAAGGAAUCACUUUCGACUCGAUUGACGCAGGUAUGGCCAGCCUGACCAAGGCUGCUGAGGAACUACACAAGUACAUUGAGGGCCUCGACAGUAAAAAUCCCUUUGAGGUGCGUAAGAUCAAUGAUCAACUGAUGUACAUGGACAGGGCGUUCACAGAUCCCGCAGGUCUACCAGGGAGACCAUUACAAAGGCACAUUGCGUUUGCACCAAGCAGCAAAGACAGUUACUAUGGCGAUGCUUUCCCAGGGAUCAUGGAUCUGAUGUUUGACAUUGAGAAUUCUGCAGAUCCCGAGGCCCAGUGGGAGGCAGUCCGUAAACACAUGUCAGUUGUGGCAUACACUCUACACUCUGUGGCUACGACACUAACAGAUGUCAACGUGUUGGGGAUACAACCAAGCUAGAUUACUUUAACAUUUUAAAUAUAAUAUGAGUCAUAAAUGCACCUUGAGAUAUGAAGCUAAAGCACUUGGGUUGUGAUUUAAAGGCAGUGGACACUAUUGGUAGGUACUCAAAAUAAAUAUCAGCAUAAAACCUCACUUGGUAACGAGU